GCUCUUGCGUGGCGGUACUGGCUGAAGCAGUCGGCAGCGGGGAGUCCGCCACGAGUGUUGCAUGCUGUCCCCCCCCCCCCCUGCUAGGACGCGGGGCCUGUUCAGUCCCCGAGUUACAGUGUCCAUCGAGUGAUCGGCGCGUUCGGGCGUCAAGUGUCCACGAGUGCGCGUUGUUUACUUGCCACUUCCGGAGUGUGAUGUGAGCUCCCUGUCCGAUGGGUUCCCGCAGUAGUAGCGAAGUUGUGAAUGUUUUAAAAAUUAUAGGUGCGACAUAUUUUUAAAUCCCUCUAACGUUUUUUUUUCUUUUUUAAAUUGGUAUCUCAAGGGGGAUUGGAGUGAUUUCGAAUAUUAUUUCAUCUGGGACGAGUCAUCGUGAAUUGAACCAGUUAUCCCACACAUUUUUUUACCCACCAAUGCAUUCAUCAUCCAAUGAUACGUCUAUGUAAGGCGGUUCUUUCUAAAGGAGGCCGGAGGAAUGGCCGCGCGUGCGGGCAGUGACCCGCCGCCGCCCGCCGCCUCCGAGCUGCCUGCGCUGUGGGACCUGGACAGCGCCGACUACGAGUGCGACUGCCCCGGGCCGCCCCCGCCGCCCCACUUCGGGCUGCCGCCGCCGCCGCGGCCGCCCUUCCUGCAGGAGCUCGACUGCUCGGACGUGCCGCUGCCCGACCUGGAGACCUGCGACGCCGUGCCUGUGAUAGACGCCGAGUACCACAGCAGCCCUGCCAUCCCUUCCAUCGCCGUGAUCGUGGUGUGCUCGGUGCUGCUGCUAGUCAUGGUGCUCAUCGCGUCCGUGCUCGUCUGGAAGCACAAGCGGAAAAUGCAGAACUUCCUGCCGUGCAAAACCUCGCCGCAGAACCGCUGUGACGUCUCGAGCGGAAAUGGCGUCAUCUACGAGGACCUGACCAACAUCCGGCCGCGGGCGAUGGCCAACCACUGCGCGCCGGGCCAGACCGCGCCCUCCAUAGAGAUGAUCGACGUGAAGUCGUGCCCCAACUACAGCUCGGGCUUCUCCGUCAUCAACCACCCGUCGGUGUUCAUCUGCCCGCCGACCCGCCCGGACGCCUACACGUCGCAGGACCUCUACAACCCCGUGUACGAGGAGCUGUCCAACGGCUCGGGCGAGCGGGGCGACUCGGAGCCCGACAGCGAGGAGCCGGCGCCGGGCGCGGCCAGCGAGGACGACUUCGCCGAGGACGAGCUGAGCCUGGGGGGCGGGGACCGCGAGCGGCGGCGGCGGGGGGCGUUCCACGAGGGCCUGCUGCUGGACGCGCUGCUGCAGCUGUACCCCAACGUGGUGACGCUCGGGGGCGGCGCCGGGGGGCGGGCGCCGCGGGACAGACCGCCGCCGGCGCCGCGCGGCCGCCUCGCCAACCCCUACGAGUCGGUGCCCGUGCUGGGGCCGCUGCAGCAGCACGGCUACCUCGCGUGCCGGCCGGGCAAGGCGCCCAGCCAGGACUCUGACUCGGGCUACAGCAACCACACGUCUGGCGGCCGGACCGCUUCCUCCCGCAGCCGCAAGGUCGCGCACAGACUGCCCGCGCGCUCCGGCGACACGGCGCUCUCGUAG